AUGGCUCAGAGUCAAGCACUUCGCUGGAUUCAGCUGCUGCUGAAAUGUACGAUCUUCCUGUCGAUGACUGGGGCGGCCGUUUCGUCGAGAUUAUUCUCGGUUAUUAGGUUCGAGUCCAUUAUUCACGAAUUCGACCCUUGGUUUAACUUCAGAGCCACCAAGUAUUUGGUGAACCAUGGCUUCUACAAGUUUCUGAACUGGUUCGAUGACCGUACGUGGUACCCAUUAGGAAGAGUGACCGGUGGAACACUGUACCCUGGUCUGAUGGCAACAUCUGCAGCCGUGUGGCACGGACUUCGUAAGAUUGGUCUUCCCGUGGACAUUAGAAACGUAUGUGUUAUGUUUGCACCUGCGUUUUCGGGUGUCACAGCUUGGGCCACAUACCAUUUGACCUGCGAAAUCAAAGAUUCGGGUGCAGGAUUGUUGGCAGCUGCUUUCAUUGCCAUUGCUCCCGGUUAUAUCUCGAGAUCUGUUGCGGGUUCGUACGAUAAUGAGGCCAUUGCAAUCACCCUUUUGAUGGUCACUUUUAUGUUUUGGAUUAAGGCCAUGAAGACGGGUUCGAUCAUGCAUUCCACUCUCGCUGCUGUGUUCUAUUUCUACAUGGUAUCUGCGUGGGGUGGUUAUGUAUUCAUUACCAACCUAAUUCCGCUACAUGUGUUCAUAUUGAUCCUCAUGGGUCGUUAUUCCACACGUCUCUAUUCCGCGUACACCACUUGGUACGCCAUUGGCACAAUGGCAUCAAUGCAAAUCCCAUUUGUUGGAUUUUUGCCAAUCAGAUCAAACGAUCAUAUGGCAGCGCUUGGAGUAUUUGGAUUAACUCAGAUUGUAGCAUUGGGAAGUUUUAUCAAAUCUCAAGUUUCCUGGGCCAAAUUCAAAACCGUGAUGGUUGUGUCGAUUGCUUUCCUUCUCGCCGUUGGUGUCUUUGGUCUUUUCGCUCUCACUUAUUUUGGUUACAUUGCUCCUUGGACCGGAAGAUUCUAUUCCUUGUGGGACACCAACUAUGCCAAGAUUCACAUUCCAAUUAUCGCGUCGGUUUCUGAACAUCAGCCUACAGCAUGGCCAGCAUUUUUCUUCGAUACCCAGUUCCUUAUUUGGCUAUUCCCAGCCGGUGUCUUUUUGCUGUUUUUGGAAUUGAAAGACGAACAUGUUUUCAUUAUUGCAUACUCCGUUUUGUGUUCUUAUUUUGCCGGUGUUAUGGUCAGAUUAAUGCUGACAUUGACGCCCAUUAUCUGUGUUUGUUCUGCGGUAACCAUCUCCAAAUUAUUCGACGUUUACGCUGACUUUUCCUCAAAGGCCACGGACGCAACCGUUGCAUCCCCAAUUUCUCAGAAGACGCGUAUCAUGACUUUAGUGACCAAGCUGACUGUAUGUGGUACAUUUUUGGGGUACCUAUAUUUGUUUGUUUACCACUGCACUUGGGUUACUUCCAAUGCAUACUCUUCUCCAUCUGUUGUCUUACCUUCGCGUAAUCAAGAUGGCUCCCCAGCUUUGAUCGACGAUUUCCGUGAAGCAUACUAUUGGCUACGUAUGAACACUGCUGAUGAUGCUAAGGUGGCGUCAUGGUGGGAUUACGGCUACCAGAUUGGUGGAAUGGCUGAUAGGACUACUCUUGUUGACAAUAACACAUGGAACAACACUCAUAUUGCUAUAGUGGGCAAAGCUAUGUCCUCGCCUGAGGAGAAAGCGUAUGAAAUUUUGAAGGAACACGAUGUUGACUACGUGCUGGUAAUUUUUGGUGGUUUGAUAGGAUUUUCAGGCGACGACAUUAACAAAUUUUUGUGGAUGGUGCGUAUCUCUGAAGGAAUAUGGCCGGAUGAGAUUAAAGAAAGAGAAUAUUUUACUUCAUCAGGUGAGUAUCGUAUGGACGAGGCGGCACCUCAAACCAUGAAGGAUUCUUUGAUGUACAAGUUAUCGUAUUACAGAUUCCCAUCGCUCUUUAAUGGUGUGGAGGGAACCGACCGUGUUCGUGGGCAGAGAAUCAGACAACAGGAUGUUGGCGAACUAGACUACUUCGAGGAGGUGUUUACUUCAGAAAACUGGAUUGUGAGACUAUACCAGUUGAAAGAACAAGAUCCCUUGGGUAGAGAUCUACAUUCUGCGGGAGAAUUUGCCCGUAGCUCGGCGCGUGGGUUUAAAAAGAGAAUUGCGAAAAAACCUUCUGUUGACGUGAGAGUUUAG